AUGGCGGGAGCCUUCGCUCUCCGUCUCGUGCCUCGCCUCGCAGCGGAGCCGCCGGGGAGGGGGAAGGGUGGCGGAGGAGGAGCCAACCGCGACGCAGGCAGCAGGGCGCUGGUGUCAAAGAAACCAAACAAGCAGCAGCAUUUGUGGAUCAGGAAGGAGACAGCUGGGUCAGGGAAGAAGGCUCUGCGUCUUAUUGAUGCUGUUUCAAAGUUACCAAAUGAAAGAGAAGCUAUUUAUGGUGCAUUGGACAAGUGGAGUGCUUUUGAGCCUGAAUUUCCUAUUAUAGCAGCAGCAAAAGCUUUAGGGAUGUUGAAAAGGCGACAGCAAUGGCUAAGAAUAAUCCAGGUAACCAAGUGGUUGAUGAGCAAAGGCCAGGUGCUGACUUGGACAACAUAUGAUACACUUCUGCUCGCACUUUUUAUGGAUAAACGGGUAGAUGAAGCUGAGUCAAUUUGGAAUACUGUAAUACAGACUCAUACACGCUCAGUGCCCAAGAGGUUGUUCUCUCGGAUGAUCUUGAUGCAUGACAUUUGCCGACGUCCAGAUAAAGUUUUGGAGAUAUAUGCUGACAUGGAGGAAUUAGGGGUGCGUCCAGAUGAGGAUACAGCGAGACGGAUUGGAAAAGCAUUCGUGGCUUUUGGCCAAGAAGAAAAAGAAAAACACGUCCUUGAGAAAUACUUGAAAAAGUGGAAGUACAUCCAUUUCAACGGUGAGCGUGUUCGGGUGCGGAGGGAUGGGCCAUUGGCAUAG